AUGGAUAUCGUUGGUGCGCACUGGGCUAUGCUUGUCGGUUUUCUCGGACGAUACACGAACAAAAAGAUUAUCGUGACCUGUGGUCUAAGUGCUCUGCUCAUUCGGAUUUUGCAUCAGUACUACCGGAAAUAUCAAUUGAAUAAACGCCUUAAACGCAAGAAACUUUAUCUCGAAAAAUCAUUCAGUAGUCUGCGUUCCGCAUUGGAAACAUUGCCAGAUUCGCGUGAGGAGCUGUUAGCUCUGACUGAACUGGAUUUGUGUGAUCUGCGCAAAAAGAUAGCAGAUGGUACCUUGACUCCAGCGCGAUUACUCCACGCCUAUCAACUGAAGGCCUUGAGUUUGUUUGAUAAAGGAAAUUCUGGUAUUUGUGAGUUUGUUCGAGAAGCCGAGAAUCGGGCCCAAAACCUGCAUCCGGUCGGCGAUGCAAGCAAACGAUCUCCCCUCUACGGAAUACCAAUAAGUGUCAAAGAAACACUAUUACUAACGGGUUAUGACUCGACUGCAGGUUUAAUCAAGCGGUGCAACAUGCCGGCUAGAAAUAUGGUCAAUCCCUACAAUCCUGAGCGGAUUACUGGUGGAAGCACAUGUGGAGAGGCAGUGUUGUUGACUCAGCGUGGAUCUCCAGUGGGCAUUGGUACGGAUAUCGGCGGAAGCAUUCGUAUUCCUGCUGCAUUCUGUGGCCUUGCUAGUCUCAAACCAACAUACAGACGUUUGAGUUCUGUUGGGUUGCAUAUCCUUCUUCCAUCUUCUUCUAUCGUGCUACAUCCCUGCUUUUAUGACACAUUUACAGAUCCACACUUGAUGCACACUGUUCCAGUAAUUCGGGAGUCUAUAAACCAAGCAGCAGCCGCCCUAGCCAAAGCUGGACAUCAUAUUGUCCGUUUUGAACCCCCGAACAUAUUAAAAGCUUAUCGCUUGUUUCUACGUGCUCUCUUUGCUGAUGGAGGUUCCGAGCUGCGUUCGAUUUUGGCACAUGAACCGUUAUGCAAGCAGUUAAAAAUGUUGCGUGCGGCACUUUUGUUGCCUCAUUGGAUGAAGACAACAGCUGAUUUUGUUCUAUCAAUUAUCGGGUGCAGACCUAUGGCGCUGACUUGUAGUCUAAGUGGUCUUUAUGGAGCAAAAGACUUUAGUGAUCUGCAAACAGCUAUUCAAUCCUAUCGUCAAGAAUUUGCUUCGUCUAUUUCCUGUAUGAGUGCGGUAAUCUGUCCUGUAUCUGCUUAUCCAGCUCCACCAUGUUCUGCACCACCGGCGCUCGUCACUUUUUCACUUUUCUACGCGGCCUUAUAUAACCUACUCGAUUACCCGGCUGGUACAGUUCUCACUGGUUUUGUGGAUCGGGUAGAUGUUAUGGAGGCAACAAAGGCGACAAUCAAUCAACGCCUGGAUGGUGAAUUGUUCCAGUCUCGUGUUUCUGUCAUGCAAAAAAACAGCGAAGGUUUACCUGUGGCAGUGCAGGUGGUUGGAAAACCUUUUCGUGAGGAAACAGUGUUGCGUGUUAUGCGCACCCUUGAAUCCUCACUAGCCCAACCGGCGCCAGCUUCAACCUGA